GCCGUAGCCCGGGGCUCUCCGCCGCUUCCCGGACCUCCCCCCGUGCGUCCCGGGCCGCCGCCGCCCGCCCCAGCCGCGGCCCCCUAGAUCGCAGCCCGCCCCGACCAGCCACAGAUCAUCUUCCGAUUCUACCCUAGGAGCUUCAAGUAGGGAUAUGUCCUCAGCACCAACUACUCCUCCAUCAGUGGAUAAAGUAGACGGAUUUUCUCGGAAGUCCGUCAGAAAAGCCAGACAGAAGAGGUCGCAGAGCUCCUCACAGUUUAGGUCUCAAGGCAAGCCCAUUGAGCUCACACCUCUGCCACUGCUGAAAGACGUUCCAACCUCAGAGCAGCCUGAACUGUUCCUAAAGAAACUUCAGCAGUGCUGUGUCAUUUUUGACUUCAUGGACACGCUAUCUGAUCUUAAAAUGAAAGAAUACAAGCGCUCCACUCUUAAUGAACUGGUGGACUACAUUACAAUAAGCAGAGGCUGUCUGACAGAGCAGACUUACCCUGAAGUAGUUAGAAUGGUAUCUUGCAAUAUAUUCAGAACUCUCCCUCCUAGUGACAGCAAUGAAUUCGACCCAGAAGAAGAUGAACCUACCCUCGAGGCAUCAUGGCCCCACUUACAGCUUGUAUAUGAAUUUUUCAUACGGUUUUUGGAAAGCCAAGAAUUCCAACCCAGCAUUGCCAAAAAAUACAUAGAUCAGAAAUUUGUAUUACAGCUUUUGGAGCUAUUUGACAGUGAAGACCCCCGAGAACGGGACUAUUUAAAAACAGUCUUGCAUAGGAUUUAUGGCAAGUUUCUCGGGCUUAGAGCGUUUAUCCGAAAACAAAUUAACAAUAUUUUUCUAAGGUUUGUUUAUGAAACAGAACACUUCAAUGGUGUAGCUGAACUGCUGGAAAUUUUAGGAAGUAUUAUCAAUGGCUUCGCUUUACCGCUUAAGGCAGAACACAAACAGUUUCUGGUGAAAGUGCUGAUCCCUUUACACACUGUCAGGAGUUUAUCACUCUUCCAUGCCCAGCUGGCGUAUUGUAUAGUACAGUUUCUGGAGAAAGACCCUUCACUUACAGAACCAGUUAUUAGGGGGUUAAUGAAAUUUUGGCCCAAAACAUGCAGUCAAAAAGAAGUCAUGUUUCUUGGGGAGCUGGAAGAAAUCUUGGAUGUGAUUGAACCAUCACAAUUUGUUAAAAUCCAAGAACCAUUGUUUAAACAAAUUGCCAAGUGUGUUUCUAGCCCCCAUUUUCAGGUGGCAGAAAGGGCACUCUAUUAUUGGAAUAAUGAAUACAUCAUGAGUUUGAUAGAAGAAAACUCUAACGUCAUCCUUCCCAUCAUGUUCUCCAGUCUUUACAGGAUUUCAAAAGAGCAUUGGAAUCCGGCUAUUGUGGCAUUGGUGUACAACGUGUUGAAGGCCUUUAUGGAAAUGAACAGCACUAUGUUUGAUGAGCUGACAGCCACAUACAAGUCAGAUCGUCAGCGUGAGAAAAAGAAAGAAAAGGAACGUGAAGAACUGUGGAAAAAAUUAGAGGAUCUGGAGUUAAAGAGAGGUCUUAGACGCGAUGGGAUAAUUCCAACUUAACAACAACCUGACAGCGACAUCACUAACCCGUGGGGUCACACGCUUAUGUAGUAGAAGGAUGGAGCAACAGUUUUCUGUAUUGUGCAACUUUACAGUAGAUUUCACAUUUGUCUCAUUAUUACAGCAGCACUGUAUAUACCUGUCUCUAAGUAAAGGAAACAUAAGGACUUCAAUCCAAAGUGUGGACAGUAGAAGGACUUCUCAGAACUUCGCAAACGUAAUCAUUGUUCUAACCCUCCUUAAAAACAAACAAACAAAAGGUCUUCAGAGAUCUGUUGGUGAAAUUGCUAUGUUAAAAUUCCAUUAUCAGGAGUUCCUUAUUUAUCACUAGCAGAGAGUAUGAUACAAUUUUCAAAUGUGAACAAUCUUAAAUUUAGCUUGUCUUUCUGCUAAGCUGUUAAAUGUAUUUAUAGUAAAGGAAGAAAAGAUUGUCAUUUCUUUAUAAGUUUGUAUAACACCCUCCUCUGGACAACUUGACUGUAAUUUGACAUCUUUUCCUUUUGCACAUCUUCAUGAGUCGAAUGUCCAUGUGGAAUGGGGCUAUGAAUUACAGAGGUCCCUGGUGAAAGUUUGUGUGCUGGGUGAAUAUCUUCCCGGUGACCAGGGGUCCCUGGUACUCCUUUAGUUUUCAGAUUAGGAGUAAAAGAAGAAGAGGUGAUAAGCAUGGUAGCAAAGGGAAUGUUGGGCUUCAUAUGAGAUAUGAUGAGUCCAAAUCAGUGUCUUGAAUCCUUUGAAAACAGGCAGUAGGAAACACAGGCUUCAGCAUCUGCAGUAUUAGCUGCAGGCAUCAUUGUGCAUCCAGACCAGAGACAACUUAGAAAUGUCAGAGAAACAUCCUUUGGGAUCCUGUGAAGUAAGAAAGACAGAGCACUAAGCGAUAUAACCAUGAAGUUGAGCACCAGGACUGCGCAUCCAGUUGGGAACCGAGCUGAGCAAACAGCACGAACUGUUUGGAGUUGUUGCCUUACUUUCUAAUAUGUACUUAUAAAGUAUUCAGCAAAAGAGGAUGCAGCCUCUGGGAGACACAAAACAUGUUCCAGUGUUUUUUGUAGAUUCUUGUUCUAUAGCUCAUCAAGCGCCAGCCCUGUUUUUAGCCAGAAAGGAUUCAGGAUCAACAUUAUGCGUUCUGAAUUGGAUGCAUACUCCUAACUACUGUAUUUGUUACCAAAAGUGGUUCUACAAAUGCUACUGAAAAAAAAUCUGGAAAUUCCUAAUGUCCUGAGUAUUAAUAAUAAAGUUUAAAAAAUGCUUUUAUAUCAAA